UCAGUCUACGAACAUCUCGCGUAUGGUUAAGACGUGAAUAGCUCCGACCGUUCGUUCCAAGUGUAGAUCGUGAAAUUAUUUUCAAAUAUUUGAUUUUUUUUUUUUUUUUUUUUUUUUGAGAAAUGUUUACAAGUCUCGUGAGAAACUUUUGCCUAGUGAUCUGUUUGUGUGCGGCAGCUAAAGCCGACUCUAUUUUGGCAUAUGGCACCUGCGUAAAUCCCCAUCAGGAAAGCGGUAUCUGCAUAAAAAUCAUCGAAUGCAAUUAUUUACUGAAUAUCUUGAAUACCAAUCUGACCGAUGUUAACAGAAAAUUCCUCGCAGAUAGCCAGUGUGGAGUGGAUGGUACACAAGAGUCAGCUGCCAAGAAAAUUUUGGUGUGUUGUCCUGAACGAUUUCGCAACAAUAGAUCAUCGAAUAGCUUAAAAGAUCCAACGCCGGGCAAUCAAUUGCCCCAACCGGGGGAGUGUGGAAAAAACCUGUCGAAGAGAAUACUUGGCGGAAAUGUAACCGAAAUCGAUGAGUUUCCAUGGAUGGCAUUAAUACAAUAUAAAACCGCCCCCGAUCGCUUUGGUUUCUAUUGCGGCGGCAGUCUAAUAAAUUCACGUUAUGUCCUAACAGCUGGACAUUGCCUCAAACAUCCUGAUAUGCCGCCCAGCUGGGAAUUGUACGGUGUACGUUUGGGUGAAUGGGAUUUAACACUCGAUCCCGAUUGCACCGUGGACAAUGGUGUGAAAGAUUGCAUUGAACCCUAUGUUGAUGUUCGAAUCGAUUAUGCCAUUGCCCAUCCAUCGUACAUACCAACCUCAAAGGAUCAAUUUAAUGAUAUUGCCAUUAUACGUCUAAUGGAUAGUGUGGGACAUUUUAAACACCUUAUUCCCAUUUGUUUGCCUGUGGCCAGUAGUAUACGCACGAAAUUGUUUACAGCUCAUGCCAUGGAUGUGGCCGGUUGGGGUGUAACCGAAAAGGGUACAGCCAGUGCGGUGAAACUGAAGAUCAUGGUAAAUGUAUGGAACGUGACUAGAUGUCAGAAAACAUAUCAAACCUUCCAAAUGGCCAUCAAUUCGGAUUAUCAAAUGUGCGCUGGUGGCGAGGAUGGUAUCGAUACAUGCCGUGGUGAUUCCGGGGGCCCCCUAAUGGUAAUAGAGACUGUGGAGAAGCGCAAUGUGUAUUUUGCCGCUGGCGUUGUAUCCUACGGACCGCGGCCAUGUGGUUUAGAAGGUUGGCCCGGUGUUUAUACCAGGGUUGGCAGUUACAUGGAUUGGAUCAUUGCUAAUAUGUUGCCAUAACCAGUUUUAAGAAUAAUAUCAAAGACUACUUGGAGAUUAUUAUUUUUAAUAAACUACUAAUGAAUCUAAA